GGAUACUGAUAGAGCUACUUUGGCCAUUGGUAAUCUUCAUUAUUCUUGCAGCAGUCAGACGGGACGAACCACCAGAGUUCAGACAUGAAUGUCAUUUUUCCGCCAAAGCAAUGCCAUCGGCCGGCAUGGUACCUUUCCUUCAGUCUCUCAUGUGUGAUACUCUAAACUCAUGCCGAAAAGAGGAGUUGGAAAGUGAUGUCCCAGGGAAGGUCAAUGACUUCUCACAAGCAAAGUUAUCAAUUCUUAUAGAAGACAUUGAGAAGAUUCUAGGAAACAAGACGUUUGUAGAUGAUGUAGAGAAGAUUCUGAUCCAGCUAGGGGAUCUGGAGCGCCAGGGAGACUGGUGGAAUAGGGGCAAUAACUGGUGGGAACAGGCACAGGGGCAAAUAAACACUAGCGGCCCUUCAUUACCAGAUGUUUCAUCUUUAAGUGGUUUAAUAGACGACCCAGAUGCGGUGCGUAGAUACCUCAAGAGCCAAGUGGGUCUGUCACCCGAUGUUGUCGAUGCCAUCCUCAACUCGAAACCAACCCCUGCUGAGCUCUUUGCAUUGACUGAUCCAACCACCCUGUCACUGGCAUGUGAAUUUGGGACGCUUGGAGACCUAUUUGGUAUUGAGGAUCCAGAGCUACGAGCGAAGACCACUGAAGAACUAUGUGCCCUGACCAGGGAGCAGUAUACAGAAAUUGCUCAAGAACUCCUCACGCACAUAGACCCCUCAGCAGUUGCAGCACUGACGGGUUCUUCAUCAAAUAGUACUUCUACAGGAUCUGUCACACUGUCCGAUAUUUUGACGGACCCUGCAGCUUUCGAAGAACUUUUAAACAAUGACCUGGGGAUUAAUCCUAAUGUGACUGAGGAGCUGAUCAACACCCCUAUUAAUCCUCGAGAGCUUCAACUGUUGCUUCAAGGCAGUGGAAUGCAUGAUACUGUAUGCAACGAGACUGCUCUAGGUGAGAUCAUCCAACCUCAGAACCCUGAGGAUCUGGAUGAUAUCAGCAAAGUCCUUUGUAACCUGACCAGUAGCCAACUGGAUGAGUUCUCGAAGGAUCUCUGGCAGUCAUUGGACAAACAGAAAUUUAUUGAUUGGGCCAGGAAUAAUUCAGAUAUACCAUCUAAUGUUUAUGAUGACAUCAGACAAAUCAUGCAAGAGAUUCGAGAGCUGGAGAGUUUCAAGAACCUGACCUCAGAGAUUGAGGAUAUCCUCAAGAACAACGACACGGGCAAGCUCAUCUGCGGAGACCUGCCCUUCCUGGGCUUCAGUGUGCCGAGUUUUGAACAGGACGCCCAGGAGCCCCCACCGCCCCCAGCAGGACCAGGAGAAGCCCUGGAGCCUGUGGAUGCCCUGGAGCCGGAGGAGUCCGUAGAUCCAGUAGAUCCCCCGACGUUCCCUCCCAUAUCCGAUGAUCUGGGGAACAGAGAUGACAAUGAUACUAUCCCAGGUACGGAGCGAUGUCCUUGGCUUGUCGAUCUCCUACAAACAGGCUCAGGGAACACCAAACAGACAGAGUACAUCCUAUCACUCUUCCUACCUCUCAUCCAAGGCUACAUCUUCUACACACCCAACACGACUGCAACCAGGCAGAUCAUGGAAAAGGCUGAUGAGAUGUUCAACAGUUUGAGAGAUAUGAAAGAUUUAGCAGAGAAAUGGACGGAAGUAUCACCUUGUAUCAGAGCUUUCGUUGAAAACCAGGACCUCCGUACCAUGGCCACCUGUUUGAACCGAUCCAGCGAGGGCCUGCCCCCUUUCCCUGACAAUCCACAAGAUCUCCUACCAGUCACGGCGCUUCCAGGGGGCAUCCCUCUACCCUCCAACUUCUCCACGGUGGUGCCUCCCACCCUCCGGAACAACUCUUUCCUACCGGACCUGUUUGGGAACAACACAGAGGAUAUUCUGAACCUCCUGGACGCCAUGGACAGCUUGGCCAACACGACACUUGUGAUUCUGAAGUGCUUUGAACUUGACAGAUUCCGUCCAUACAAGAGUGAAAUGGAUCUUGUUGACGAUGCAAAGAUUCAUAUUGAAAAUUUCACAUUCUGGGCCGGGAUUGUGUUUACUAACAUUGAUGAUGAUCCAGAUAGCAGUUACAUUCCUCCUCUGCUAGACUACAAGAUCCGCAUGGACUCUGCUUUCAGUGAAAGUACCACAAGGAUCAUGGAUGGGUACUGGACUCCAGGCCCAAGGAAGGGCAUCAGAGAUAGGAAAUACUUUGAGAGUGGAUUCAUCUUCAUCCAAGAUAUCCUGGAGCAAGCAAUCAUCAAAGUGAAGACCGGGAAAGAAGACCUCGGAGCAGGAAUGUACGUCAAGCAGUUCCCAUAUCCAUGCUAUAUCAGUGAUCUGUUCGUCCAAUCCUUAUCUGGAGUUCUGCCUCUCUUCAUGAUCAUCUCCUGGAUCUUCUCGGUGGCGAUGAUCAUCAAGGGUGUCGUCUACGAGAAGGAGAGACGUCUCAAGGAGGUGAUGAAGGUGAUGGGGCUUAGCAACGGGGUUCACUGGCUGGCGUGGUUCAUCGAUAGCUUCCUUGUUAUGUUCACCAGCUGUGUGCUCCUGGUGCUGGUUUUGAAGUAUGGAGCGAUCAUCACCUACUCUGAUGGAGGGAUCGUCCUCCUCUUCCUGGUCUCCUUCUGUAUCUCUACCAUCAUGCUGUGUUUCCUCAUCAGCGUGUUCUUCUCCAAGGCCAACCUCUCGGCUGCGUGCGGAGCGGUCAUCUUCUUCCUCACCUACGUCCCUUUCACCCUGGUCAUCACCUGGGAUGCCUACUUGACCAGAGGAGCCAAGUUUGGUGUGUCUCUGCUGAACACCAUUGCCUUUGGCUACGGCUCUGUCUACCUCUCCCUGUACGAGGUCCAAGGAACAGGUGUCCAAUGGAACAACAUCAACACCAGUCCCUUGAAUGGGGAGCAUGGCUUUACGUUCAUGCAGGUCUUAGCCAUGAUGUGGUUGGAUGCGUUCAUCUAUGGGCUUUUGACGUGGUAUAUUGAAGCUGUAAAACCAGGCCAAUAUGGAAUGCCCAGACCAUUUUACUUCCCGUUCACAUACAGCUACUGGUUUGGGCAUGGUAAAUCUAAGGAUAUGGAUGGAGAGCGUAUUGAUAUGAGUCAUGCAAGGUUUAGAGGUGCACCCAACUCUGACUUUGAGGCUGAUCCUGCCCACCUACCCCUUGGUGUGGCCAUCCGUCAUCUCCUCAAGAUCUACUCUACCGGUAAGAAGCUUGCUGUAGACAACCUCAGUGUGAACUUCUAUGAAGGACAGAUCACCUCGUUCCUGGGCCACAAUGGAGCCGGCAAGACCACGACCAUGUCUAUAUUGACUGGUCUGUUCCCGCCAACGGAGGGCACGGCUUACAUCUAUGGGAGGGACAUCCGUACCAGUAUAGAUGAGAUCAGACAGAGUCUAGGAAUGUGUCCACAGCAUAACGUCUUGUUUGAUAGGUUGACUGUAGCGGAACAUCUUUGGUUCUAUGCCCGUCUCAAGGGUGCUACUGCUAAUGAUGUUGCCAUAGAGAUGGAACAGAUGUUACAGGACUUGAAUCUACCUCAUAAGAGAGAUGAAUACUCUGCCAACCUUUCAGGUGGCAUGAAAAGAAAACUGUCCAUAGCCAUUGCCUUCAUGGCUGGCUCUAAGACAGUCAUCUUAGACGAACCUACUGCUGGAGUAGAUCCGUAUGCUAGGAGAGAGAUCUGGGACCUUCUCAGCAAAUACAAGACAGGCCGAACAAUCAUCAUGUCCACGCAUCACAUGGAUGAGGCGGACAUCUUGGGAGAUCGUAUCGCUAUCAUCGCUAAGGGCAAACUGAGAUGUUGCGGAACGUCUCUGUUUCUCAAGAGUCAUUUUGGCUCUGGGUAUUACCUGGUGCUGACAAAGAAGACUGGAGAACAUGGGCUCAGUAGGAAUGUGGAUGAUGAUGUUGCACCGCUUAAUCUAAACCCUGAUGAUAAGACCGAUGGUGAUGUGAUCCAUGCCGAGAAAGCAAGCGAAGCUGGAGAUGUACCAGAUCUUGGGUAUUGCAGCGUGGCCGUCAUCACAGCCUUCAUCAAGAAGUUUGUUCCCAAGGCAACGGUGGCUGAGAACAUCGGCACCGAGAUCUCCUACCAGCUCCCUCUCUCAUCGGCUCGCAAUCAGAUGCUCUCAAAGUUAUUCAGAGAACUAGAGAUGAACAUGGAUAAACUUUACAUCAGCAGCUAUGGCCUCUCUGAUACGUCAUUAGAAGAGGUGUUCUUGGCCGUGACAGAAGAGAAUGAGAUGGUAGACAUGGAGCCAGGCUGUACCGACAUAGCAACAGAUGGAGGCAGGUUGCCACGCCCAUUCAUGGGGAGGGGUAGCAUCAGGAGGAGGCAUUAUAGAAUGCCAUCGGCAUCUUCUAUCAAUCUUAGCAUCACUGAUGAGAACCAAGGGCUGCUGGCAAAUGAUGUUACCGAUGCUGUCCACCAGGAGGCCAUGGCCCAGCCUGCCCAGACGGAACCAGCCCGGGACGUUACUCGAGACGGUGGGGAUGCUGGAGAAGAUGAUCAGAAUUCAACACCCAUGACACCAUUCCAGCGAGAAACCAUGCAAACUCAAAAAGCACCAACCGAUACCCAUAGCUCAGAGCCUCAGGGAGCCGUGGCCAGCAGUGUACCCCCAAGGGUUAAAGGUCACAGCAGGAACAAAGGCCAUGCUCGUCAGGUCAGCUUCAGUCAAAUAGAUGUACAAGCAAGUGUGAACAGCUCUCAGAGCCCAGAUAGCUCAAGCAAGGGUCCGUCAAGUGUGAAAGGUCAAACAAAGGGCAGAGGUCAUGCCCGGCAAGUGAGCUUCAGUCAACAAGAGGCUACGGUUCUAGCACCACCAGUCCAUGCCCAUGAAGUCCUAGACCUCAGCGACAAGAGGGUGACAGGACUUAAACUGAUCCAGCGACAGUUUUCAGCCCUCUUUUUCAAGCGAUUUCACCACGCCCGACGCAGCAAGAAGGGUUUCAUUGCUCAGGUCAUUCUGCCAGUCGUCUUUGUCUGUUUCUCCAUGCUGUUUGCGACCCUGAUCCCUCCCAUCCAGCAGCCAUCAGCCCUCCGUCUCGUUCCCUGGCUCUACGGCUCCAACAACUACGUCUUCUACAGCCAGGAUAAUUCCAAUAACCCAGUCUCUGCCAGGAUGGAGGAGGCCUUGGUCGAUGGACCGGGGAUCGGAGUGAGGUGCAUGCCGAACUCAGAUAUUGGUUAUCCCUGUGAGCCUCACAGAGCCACAGAAUGGGGGAAGCCCCACAAGCCGGCCUUCCCAGACUACCUGUAUGAUGACUACCUAUCCAGGAAUCUCUCCUGUGACUGUGAUAGAGGUUUCCAAUCAUGCGAUGUAGGAGCCGAGGGACCACCCCCGCCGACCAGAAUGGAAGCUUCCACCGACUUCCUCCAGAACAUGACCAGUGUGAAUGUCAGCCACUAUCUGGUCAAGACCAUGGAAGAUUUCAUUCUGAAUAGAUUUGGUGGGAUGAGUUUUAUCGAGGACAAUGAGGAUGCGCUCCUAUCCAUCAAUCAGAGCCGUCAGUUGAUCGGAGAAUGGAUGAGAGGAAAUGUUUCUUCUACACCAGGCGAGGGCAGUCCAAACAGGGAGUUCUUGCCUUCAGGGGAUACUAUCAGAGAGGUUUAUGAAGUCCUCAGUUCUCUUACUACACCUUCAAAUGUCAAGGUUUGGUGGGAUAAUAACGGAUGGCAUGCUCUGCCUAUCUUCAUGAACGUGAUGAACAACCUGCUCCUACGAGCUCACGUUGAUUCAGCUAACAGCAGCCUAUACCAUGGGAUGACGGUUACUAACCAUCCUAUCAAUUUCACCAGCAGCCAGAUAGAUGAAGAGAUCAGGUCCAAAUCAUCAGUCAACUUGGCAGUGGCCAUGUUUGUCAUGUUUGCGCUAGCCUUUGUUCCAGCCAGCUUUGUUGUAUUCCUGAUCAGUGAGCGUACUUCCAAAGCCAAACAUCUUCAGAUGGUGAGCGGUAUCAAUCCCACCAUUUACUGGGUCAGCAAUCUCUGCUGGGAUAUGGUUAACUACAUGAUCCCAGCCAUCCUGACCAUUGUCAUCUUCCUUGCAUUCAGGAUGACAGCUUUCACCGGCGGUGAUAGCUUACCAACCAUCAUACUUCUCUUGUUCCUAUAUGGCUGGGCCAUCACUCCCAUGACCUACCCGGCAGCGUUUGUAUUCAAGGUGCCCAGUACUGCAUAUCUUUCCAUGGCGUGCGGUAACAUGUUAGUAGGCAUCACCACUGUCACCUCCACGUACAUUCUAGAUUACCUAGGCACAGACGAUCAAUAUCUGCAUAACGUUAAUGAGGUUCUGAAAAGGGUAUUCCUGCUCUUCCCUCCGUACUGUCUUGGGCGUGGCUUGAUGGACAUGGCGUCCAAUGAACUGAAGGCUCAGGUUCUCAGCGAAUACACAGAUUACACAGCCCCCGAUCCAUUCCAGUGGGAUCAACUUGGAAAGAGUCUCUUUGCUCUCUUUAUUGAGGGCUUUGUUUUCUUCAUCCUGACUCUCCUCAUUGAAUAUAGAUUCUUCAUCACACCCAGGCAAGUUCAUCCUCCACCAAGCUUGUCUGAGCAAGAAGAUGACGAUGUUCAAAGAGAGAGGCAGAGGGUACUGACUGGAAGGGCCAUGAAUGAUGUCAUCCGCAUUGAAAACCUUACCAAAGUUUACAGGACUAGCAGAGGCCCUAUGACAGCAGUUGAUAAAAUGUGUGUGGGCAUUCCAAAAGGAGAGUGCUUUGGUCUGCUUGGCGUAAAUGGAGCUGGCAAGACAACCACUUUCAAGAUGCUUACGGGGGACACCAGCGUGACCAGCGGGACCGCUCACAUCAAUACCUUCAGUAUCCUGGAUUCUAUGCAGGAUGUGAACAGGUCCAUGGGCUAUUGUCCUCAGUUCGAUGCACUGGAUGACCUCCUGACCGGUCAAGAGCAUCUGGAGUUCUACGCCAGGGUGAGAGGAGUCGUAGAGGAGGAGGUACCAAAGGUCGCUGAUUGGGGUAUCCGCAAGCUAGGUCUGACAGAGUACAGAGAUCGGUCGGCAGGGACGUACAGCGGAGGCAACAAGAGAAAGCUCUCUACUGCUAUCGCUCUCAUUGGAAACCCACCUGUUGUAUUCCUGGAUGAGCCAACCACAGGGAUGGAUCCCAAGUCAAGGAGAUUCCUGUGGAACUGUAUAACAAGCAUCGUCAAGGAAGGAAGAUCAGUGGUCCUUACUUCACACAGUAUGGAGGAAUGUGAAGCCCUAUGUACCCGGCUAGCCAUCAUGGUCAAUGGCAAAUUCAAAUGUCUGGGGAGCACACAGCAUCUCAAAAAUAAAUUUGGUGAUGGUUACACCCUGACCAUACGGCUAGGAGGUGACGUCCCGCAGACUGCUGCCCUCGCUGACUUCAUGGAUGUGGAGUUUCCGAGCGCUUCCCUACGAGAGCAGCACUUCAACAUGCUAGAGUUCCAGCUGUCGUCCGCAGACACCAUCCUCUCCAAAGUCUUCCAAUACCUCGAGGAUAAGAGAUCGAGGUUUAAUAUUGAAGACUACUCGGUCAGCCAGACCACGCUAGAUCAGGUAUUCAUUAACUUUGCCAGUCAACAGAGGACUGGAGAUGAGACUACUGUCGAGUUGACUCUGUUCCCACCGUCGGCUAAUAACGUCCAGGCCAACAAUAGAGUCGCCCUCUCUACGGAUGGAGCAUCCGCCCGUUACAUUCCUACACCCCACGAACUGACAAGUAUCAACAGCAACGAUGUCCCUCUACAGCCAAAGAACACCAAUAUGAGACAUCAAAGACAACGCAGCGGCCAGCUCGACAAGGUCACAGUCAAUUCCCUCUUCGCUGCCCCGCCUCCUCAACCUAUGGCUGCCUCGUCGCCCAUAGCAACGGCACAUCCGCAGAACACCAAUAAGAUUAUGACGCAAUACGCGGGCUACAGCAAUCCCAUUUACGACGGCAAUGGCCCACCGACGGAACCGGUCGUCAGUUUCACGUCGACUGACUCCGGUGUGACUCCAGAGGGCGGGCUCCAGAUGGACGAAAUUGAUUUAUCAUCUCAGUGUUGAAAUAUAUUGACUUAUUUAAAGCUUUCUCGCCUUGACAUUCUGAACACUCGACAGUGUGUGACUCUGUACUACUAUUGAAUUCAUAUUGACUUUCAUGGCACCGAGUUUGCCCUUUCAGCAAGAAUCUGAUUUUAUUCAACUGCGUCACAGAGAUGAUGCCAUUUUGACUUUCCGCUUUGAAAAUGGUUUAUGCUUUCUACUUCCGGUACACAGACAUGAGACACGUAGCCAGUUAUAUGAUUUUUAUAUACAUGUACAUCAUUUUUCUUCAAGAACCUUUUACUUUAUAUUUUUAUAUCACUAGGGGCCCGUAACCCAAAGCUCAGCAAUGAUCGUAGAACAUUUUUCUACGAUUGAUUCCAUUGACUACAAUGUACAAUCAAUCGUGAAAAUUGAGUGUACGAUUAAUCGCUAACCUUUGUGUUACGGGGCCUAGGACUACCAUUUUACCGUCUUUACUACAAAUGUUCUUUUUCCUGAAAAUACUUGAUCGUAAUGUGCAAAUCCAUGACAAUAUUAUAUCCUAUCUAAAAUCAUCCUGCUUGUAUGUGCAGCAGAGGAAUAUAGCAUAGAUAACAUGACAAAUGAGGUACUCGGUGAAAUGUAUGUUGAUCACUAAACCUUUGAAGUUUAACCAAUGUUUUUUAUAUUGUCCCUUGAAGUCAGCAUUAACAUCAUUUACUAUAUACUUCUUUCUGCAUUAUGAUGACAAUAUUCAGCUGUAUUCAUUUAUGAUUAGAUGUAUGUAUGAUUUGAUUAAGAUUUUUACAGGUGGAAUAAGAAGUCAGAGCUAACAUUGCUGUAUGCUGCGUUCAUGAGAGCCUGGAACUGCUGCAUGCAGAUGGAAAAUCUGUGCAAUUCAUUACAAAUGUCUUGGUAGGACAUUAUUUGACCAUUUCCAUAGCUCCUAAUCAUUGAGGGAUGUAAAUAAGUUUUCUGGACCAAAUUGAUUUUCUAUUUCCCAUUCCAGACUGAACACACUUGUUCCAUUUUCAGUGGUAAGAUAUCCUGUUCAAUUCAUC